AUGGACCACCUGACGGAAGAGCAAACUUUCAACCAGGUGACCAUGGAAUGGGACGGCUACAGUUGGACAACUUCACCAUCGACCGAGGUGAGCAUGAGCAUAGCAGACGUCCUGGGAAGCCACGUUAUGCAAACCAAACUGCUAGAGGCAGCACUUUCAACAUCAUCGAAAAUCGGUGACUUGAGGGCGUCGCUGACAGCUGCUAAUGAUGAGCUGUCUGCCAGUGCCACGAUGGAGUCUGCGGCCCGAUUUGUGUGA